AUGGCUCCUCCACGUUAUGGAAAUCAGUCCAUAAACGGACCUUAUCAUAUCCAACAAAAUCACCUCCAAUCCCACGCGUCCUCACAUCAACAUGGCGCCCUACCGCCUCCCACUCACCUAGGCACCCCGUCCUUCGGCGCCGCUGGCUCCUCCAACGCCAGUCCGUUUGCUUUGACCGGCAACCUAAACAAUGGCUUUGAGCGUGGCAUGCUCGAUGGCGGCCUUCUUCCUAGUCAAAUGGCUCAAAUGGGAUUCUCUAGAGGUGGUCCAGUGCAGGGUCACCAAGCCUACGACGGGCUCGUGGUGCCUCUGGAGAACAAGGACGACGCUAGGAUCCGCAAUGUCUGGAAGCAUAACCUCAAGGAAGAGAUGGCGACGCUGAGACAGCUAGUGGACAUCUACCCGUACAUUGCAAUGGACACCGAAUUCCCAGGUAUUGUCGCGCGGCCCAUUGGCCAGUUCACCACAAAGGCCGACUAUCACUAUCAAACGCUACGGUGUAAUGUUGAUCUCCUCAAGAUGAUCCAGCUAGGAGUCACUCUUUUCAAGCCUGACGGUACCCUACCUCCGCCCGACGCCGCUCCUUCGCAGAAAUCUCAGUUCCACCAAAACGUCCUUCCUACGCCUUGCACGUGGCAGUUCAACUUCAAGUUCUCCCUGGAGACUGACAUGUAUGCGAGAGAGUCGACGCAAAUGCUUUCAAAGGCUGGCAUCGACUUUGAACGGCACGCAAAGCACGGCAUCGAUCCCAAUGACUUUGGUGCUCUGUUGAUCAGCUCUGGUCUGGUGCUGGAUCCUGAUGUCCAUUGGAUCUCUUUUCACUCAGGCUAUGACUUUGGCUACCUUAUGAAACUCAUGAUUUGCAAGCCCUUACCUGAAGACGAGGUCACGUUCCACAAGUAUUUGGAGAAGUUCUUUCCCUCCCUGUUUGACAUCAAAUUCAUCCUCAAACAUGCCGGUGUUAAGGGACAGGUUAACAGCGGACAACCUCUCACCCAAGAAGCGGCGAUGAUGGUCCAGCGCAUAAUGACCAAGUCGGGUCUUCAAGACAUUGCAGAAGAGCUGGCAGUGGCGAGGAUCGGACAAGCACAUCAAGCGGGCUCGGACUCCUUGCUUACUGGGCAAGUGUACUUCAAGAUGAAGGAGAAGAUCUUCAAUGGCACGAUCGAGGAGGACAAGUACCGCUCACAGGUUUGGGGACUCAAUGCGCAGAUGCCAACAGGUGGAAAUACUGCCGGUGGCGGCGGUGGUGCAGGAGGGGCCAUUGGAGCAGCUCGCGACUUCAACACCCCGAACAUGAAUGGCGCGACCUUUUACAACCAGAACGGAACACCGACAACCCCACAGACCGGUAACAUCGGCAUGGCAGGUGGACAGGGAGGAGGAGGACCUUCGUCGCACACGCCUGUCCCCUCCCAUACUGGCAGUGCCGGGAUGAUGGGGUCCAUGACACCAGGAGGAUUUGGCAAUUUCCAAUACCAAAAGGCGAUGAGUUAG